AUGCCUACUGCUCCUUUAACCCCCGAGCCUACACCAGCUAAAUCGUUGGCAACAAAAGCUGCUGCGGCAGUAAAGCCACCAGACGCUCUUCUCCUUACUCCUACACGGCCAAAGCGAGCAAGAAAAGCCGCUCCUGUACACGUCCCCGAAUGCGAGAAGACUGGCAACGACCACCCUAGGAACUCCCUCUACUUUCCGCAACUGACCGACCUGUCAGUACAGCUUGCUGGCGUGUUCCGACAUCUCAGUUUGGACUAUAUCAAUGUGGCUACGUACAACAAGACCGAUACUCUCCUUGCACGGAGACUGUUGGAGAGAGACGUUAAGGAGUAUCGCAAGCGUAUAGCAACCGGUUCAGCUCGAGUUCAACAGAACACUGUCCUUCGAGCCCUUAUCCUGUUCUCUUCUUGCAGCCACCACGCUACGCAAUACUUGGAACAUAGCGCAGAUGACCGGAUUGCUUGGUUGACACAGCUGAACACUGAAGGAGUAUGGCUUAAGCCCUUGUGGGAGAAGGACGCCGCAACACGGAUGGUGGGCUUGAUGGAGCAAAACAACCAGGAUCUCUCAAUGUUCUGCCCCCUAGAAGUCGUGUACAGUGUUGUAUAUAACUCUUACUUUCUGAUGCUGUUUGCUCGUUCUUCUGAUAGCACUAAUAGCAUGCCAGAAUCUCGCAUCUUCACCUUCACCGACAACCUAACCGAACGCCGCCUUGCCCCUAUCCGCUCACCUAACCCGCUGGGAACUACCGCAUACGUCCAUCUCGGAGCACACCUCAUCAAAGCCCCGGAGCAGACCGAGUCAAAAAACAAAUACACCCCAGAGCACAACUGGAUCGUCCGAAAGCCCCGGAGCACACCGAGUGAACAAGCAACUACACCCCAGAGCACAACUGGGUCGUCUUAA